AUGGAAGCUGAACAAUAUUUUAGAAGUUUCUUCAACUUUUACCGGCACCAUCGAAUCGAUCCAGCGGACAAAAAGAAUCCAUUCAAGCUAAACCCGUACCGACAUAAGCUGUACAUUGUGAAGUCCAUCCUGACUCUUCUGGUGUGCUUACUGUUGGGAUUGUGUGGCAAAUCGUUCGAAGACAACUUCAUUCCCAAUGAACACUGCAUCAGCCGUAUGAUUAAUUGGUUCUGUCUUGGUUCGACGUUAAUCACUGCGUUCGUCGUUGCUUGGGAGUCGUUGGCAUCCUGCAAGGAGGAUGUGCAAAUAUGGAACACAUUCCAUACCAUCGAGGCCGCUCUGAACGUGUGCAAUCGCAACUCCAGGAGCAUUUUUUCCAAAAGUCAACGGCUUUACAAAGUAAUUUUUUACACACUCAUUGUUCUGCUAUGCGUGAUCGUAGUAAUUUUACUGAUCCAGUGCCGGCAAAUGGAGAGAGCAUUGAUCGAUUUCAUCAUCAUAUUUGAGUUGCUUAGUACUGUGGAUAUGCAGAGAAUCCUUCAUUUAUUGCUAUACAUUCGUAUUUUGACGUGCUACCUGUACAAACUGAAGCAAGACAUCCGGAUUGCUGUGCUGACGAUAAACACUGGUGUGGCCGCAACAAACCAUGAACGUGAAGCUCUAGAUCGGCUGAAGAAAUGUUGUACAUGUUACUUUCUGUGCAUGAAAGCGUUCGAACAAAUACACGACCAAUUCUCGUGGGGCCUUUUCAUGGUAUGCCUUAAGUUCAACAUGAUAGUAUGGAAUGAAAUUUAUUGGACUGUGUAUCGUGCCAUCAUGGAAACAUCGUUUGAAUUAUUCUGUCUCAACGUGGUUCCUUACCAUUUUGUGUUUAUGAGCUUAACCUGGGCAUGUGAGAGCCUGUAUGCUGAGAUAAAUGUUUUAUCACAACUGCUGUAUACGGUCGAUAUGAAUAAGGCAUCAAAUUCGAUCAAAAUACGAGUUACGCAACUAAUGCUUCUGCUAGACUAUAAAGUGUUUUCCUUCUACACGUUCGGCAUAUGCCGUGUAUCGUACAGACUUAUUGUUCAGUAUGUCAUCUCCGGAGUUACAAAAGUUUCGUUUAUUGCACAAAUUAUGAAGGACUUCUAUACCGGCAUGAGGUUUGAUGCCAAAGUCUAUUGA